CUUUCCGUCGUCGGUAAUCACGAGUAACGAGCCUCCAUUCCGCUCUGUUGCUCAGCCGGUCGCAGACUCGAAUACACGGCCACCGCUUUCUCCUCCUCCGCCGCCGGCCGCCGUUCACACAGACGUGCUUCGCAACUUUCCGAUUUUGGCCGGUUGAUUGAUUGAAUUUCAGGUUACUCUUGUUCGUAUCUCUUUACAUUAAUCUUUUUCUUUUCCAAAUUCCUGUGAAGCUUUUCGUGGAGUCUCUUUCUGCCAAAAGAUGUGUCCUUUUUUCCAGAUCCCCAUUCUUUCUUGAAAUUUUCUACUCCUCUGGGCACUGGGUUUUCCAGAAUCCAUCGGGUUGUUUGGAUUAAUUUCAAGCACAUUGACUUGUGGAGGAUACAAAUUAUAGUAGCUCUAGGUUAUUUGCGCCGAUAACUUGAAUCCUGAAUCAGAAAAAGCUAACUAAUCUACAGGUUGAUGAGCCCCUGAAUUCUGAAUCUCUGUUGUGUCUGGUAAUGUUUGCAGUGCUUGGUCCAGGGAAAUGAGUUCAAGAACACUACAAGCUGCAAAGGUGUAUCGGGACCUUCUGAAAUCCAUCAGAAAGAACAUUGGGAAGGAAGGGUACAAGAGCCACUUCGGAGAAUUCGUGACGCACGAGUUCAGGAACAGCUCUAAUCUCUCAACAGAUCAAUCAUGUAUACAGCAGAAAAUCAAGCUCGCCCGUGAUUACACUUUCCAACUCAAUAGUGUCCAGCAUCACAAGGAUCUGCUGAUUUCUUACAACAUUGCGGUGGAUAGGUCUGAUGAGAUGAAGAAAGUUCUAGGGAAGUCUGCAGCUAGUGUUGGUCUUCAGCUUCCUGAUGUGUACCAGGCUUAGAUACCCUGCCUUUGCCGUCUUCUUCUCCUCCUCCUUUUUUGGUUUCUCAAGCAUCUGACUUCUCCCAGCGAUGGUAGUAUACACAGUUUUACAAUGUGAACCAAUGACUAUAAUGUCCUGUCUUGGUUUGUUUGUUCGUCAAGAUUCAAUAAUAAUAUUGUGCAAUAUGAAUUGUGACCAUGUAUUCUGAUUAGAUCCUGAUGUUACUUACUGCAAAUCUGCCAGCUUUCUUCUCUAUCUUCACUGGAUUCUAAUCUCUCAAGUUUCAUCCUUUUUUGGAAGUUCCUGUUGUGGCUGUUGAAUGUUGAUUCAUGCCUUGGGAAGAAAUUUUGGUCGGUAAACCAAUCCAAAAAACAAAAAAGGAAGGUAAAGAUGAGACAAAGCACGCUGAGAUUCAUCCAUCCGUCAAACCAACUAGUGAAGCUGAGACUGUUGGGUUGUUCACUUGUUCUUCUGAAGAAACAAAAUCCGAACGCCUUCCGGAUUACAGAACAGAAAUAAAACUGAAACAGGACAAUCUAACCCGCAGCUGGGUUCAUGUGUUUGUUGUCUGAUUCAUGUACUAGAUACAAGGCCAAAUCUCAAAGCAAAAAACUUCGCGCUGAGAACGUCACACGUGUCCCACCAAUCUCACAGACGUGGCAGCUGCAGAAAACUGCCACUGCAAUACCUUUCACCCCGUCCUUUCUUCUUUCCUUUGAAAUCCUGCCGUCCAUCUCUUUUAUACUUCUUCCUAGCCUGCGCUGGAUCAGUCUGUGCCUCUCCUCCAUCUUACUCGCCAAGAAGUGUAAAUUUAGCUGUGUCCUGAAGGAAGAGAAAAGGCUGGGGUGAAAAUGGGUUCAGAGACAUUCCUAGAGGUGAUAUUGGCCAUUCUCCUACCACCGGUUGGUGUCUUUCUUCGAUAUGGCUGUGGGGUAAGUCACUGAUCAUUCAGAUCCAGUCCAAUCCCCUCCCAUCUGUUCCUUUUCCUUUUCUGUCUCGCACUCUUUUAGAAAUGUAACUAAUGGAUUGACGGAAAUUUACAUUGAUGGCAGGUGGAAUUCUGGAUAGACUUGUUGUUAACGCUGCUUGGGUACAUUCCUGGUAUAGUAUACGCCAUUUAUGUUCUGGUGGGAUAGCAGCAGCAGCAGCAGAAAAAGGCUUAAAGAGAGAGAGAGAGAGAGAGAGAGAGAGAGAGAGAGAGAGAGAGAGAGAGAGAGAUCUGGGGAGUUCUUGCCCUUUCUCCUGUCUUAGAUUCCAUUCUAUGUUGUUUUGGUGUAAUUCAGGAUGUUGUUGCAGGGUUUUGGUGUUUCAUACUAUUGUUUUUUUGUAGUUCUGUACGUUUAAUUAAAUGGUACAGCUUUUCUCCUUCUAGGAUGCAAUUCUCCAUUUGUUCAACCAUCGGUCAGUUCCUUUAUGAUCAACUCCUUCAUCUUAUUUGAGAGGGAAUAGAAUUCAGUGAAACAG